CCAAGAAUCCAAGAUCCUUUUCUUUCCUUCUCGUCUACUUCUUUCUAGUUUCGUUUCGAAAAAACAACGCUCUGCUUCGCUACUUCACCGCGCUCUCAAAAAAAAAUCUCGCUCUCUUCGCUCGAAAUCUUCAGUUCUCCUCUAAACCUUCUCUUGGUAAUGGCGACGAACGAGGCUAAACCAGCAACAGAAGAAGCUAAGAUGGAUCUGUUUGAAGACGAUGAUGAAUUUGAGGAGUUCGAAAUCGAUCUCGAGUGGGACAGCAAGGAAGAAGGCAAAGAGGUGACACAACAGUGGGAAGACGAUUGGGAUGAUGAUGAUGUCAAUGAUGAUUUCUCACUACAACUGAGGAGGGAACUCGAGAGCAAUGCUGCUGAAAAGAAAUGAGCAAUCUGUUGUUGAUGGCUUCCGGUUAUUCUCAAUCCAACUAUCAGCUUUUCGAAAUUCAAGUAGAGGUGCUUUUAUCCCUGUAGUAGUUUUUCCUAAUAUCUGAAACCUUUUAUUACGGGCGAUGUGAAAUUCUGUUGAUGGUUUUGGAGGGGAAGAAGGUAGUGGUCAUGAUAACUUUGCAGUUGCUAAUGAAUUUUAGACAAAAAACGCAUUCUAAACAUCGUUAGACCAUUAUAUUAGCUGAACUUGUUUCUUUCGUGUGA